GACAUCGACAGACAAAUGUGGUGCAGCGUUCUGUCUGCUACGACCCGUCUACUGUCCGUCAACAGCGGGUUUACAAAGCAUCAGCCCUUUAAACCCAAUAAGAACACAUUUACUUCUUACACGUUACUUUUUCCCCGAAUGUGAGGUGGUUUGGGUCUCCAGUCAUGCUCCAGCAGAGCCCCUGAUCAGUGCAGCAACAGCCCGCCCAGCUCAACCCGGAGCCAGGAUGUCCAGUAGCUCGGGCUAUCCCCCUACCCAGGGCAGCUUCAGCAGUGAGCAGAGCCGCUACCCAUCACACUCUGUCCAGUACACCUUCAGCACCACACGCCACCAACAGGAGUUCACCGUCCCGGACUACCGAGGUCACCUGCAGGACCAGCAAGGUCGACGAAGGCCUUCCUUGCUUUCGGAAUUCCACCCUGGAACUGAGAGGCCUCCAGAGAGACGUCAUGGCUACGAGCAGCAGUUCCACAGUGUCACCUCCCAGCAGCAGGCUGACGGCCACGAGGCUCUGGAGGCCAAACGGCCCCGCAUGGAGACUGUCUCGGAGGCCCACUUCACCCGCGGUGCCCUGCCCGGGGGAAUCAUUUUACCCCUGCAGUCCCACCAGGUCCAGGACAGCCUCAGAACCAACGUAGGGGAGGUCAAUAAGGAGACCCAGUUCAGUGGCAUGAAAGCUGAGUCCCAGGCUCCAGGAGGGCUGCAUCAUGUGGGGGAGGUGCCUGACAGCUCGCCCUCCAGAUUGUCCAAGGAGGAGCUGAUCCAGAGCAUGGACCGUGUGGACAGAGAGAUCGCUAAAGUGGAGCAGCAGAUCUUCAAGCUGAAGAAGAAGCAGCAACAACUGGAGGAGGAAGCGGCGAAGCCAGUGGAGCCAGAAAAGCCAGUGACCCCUCCCCCCAUACCACAGGAACACAACAAGCACCGCAGCAUUGUCCAGAUUAUCUAUGACGAGAACAGGAAAAAAGCUGAAGAGGCCCAUAAGAUAUUUGAAGGUCUUGGUCCUAAGGUUGAACUGCCCCUGUAUAAUCAGCCAUCGGAUACAAAAGUUUACCAUGACAACAUAAAGACUAAUCAAGUGAUGAGGAAGAAACUGAUUCUGUUUUUCAAGAGAAGGAACCAUGCUCGUAAACAAAGGGAACAGAACAUCUGCCAGCGCUACGACCAGCUAAUGGAGGCCUGGGAGAAGAAGGUGGAGCGGAUGGAGAACAACCCGCGUCGCAAGGCCAAAGAUAGCCGCACCAGAGAGUACUAUGAGAGACAGUUCCCCGAGAUACGCAAGCAGAGAGAGCAGCAGGAGCGCUUCCAGAGGGUUGGUCAGAGAGGAACUGGAAUGUCUGCGACCAUUGCCAGAAGCGAGCAUGAGAUUUCUGAAAUCAUCGAUGGCCUUUCUGAACAGGAGAAUAACGAGAAGCAGAUGAGACAGCUGUCCGUCAUCCCACCCAUGAUGUACGACACCGAGCAGAGGCGAGUCAGGUUCAUCAACAUGAACGGCCUGACGGAUGACCCCAUGAAGGUGUACAAGGCUCGGCAGUUCAUGAAUGUGUGGACCGAACACGAGAAGGGUAUCUUCAAAGAAAAGUUUGUUCAGCACCCAAAAAAUUUCGGCCUCAUUGCUUCUUAUCUAGAGAGAAAGUGUGUGUCCGAUUGUGUCCUGUACUACUACUUGACCAAGAAGAACCAGAACUACAAGACACUGGUGAGACGCAACUACGGCAGACGUCGAGGGAGAAAUCACCAAAUAACACGAUCCUCACAAGAAGAAAAGUCAGACGAUAAACCUGAAGAGGACAAGUUGGAGAAGUCAGAGAAAAAAGAGGACGAGCAUAAUAAGGAAGAGGAAGAGAAAGAUGAAAAGGAGGACUCCAGGGACAUCGGAAAAGACAAAGACAAGUGUGACGGUGGGGAGGACGAGGACGGUAAGGAGCAGAGCACGCCACGUGGCAGGAAGACCGCCAACAGCCAGGGCCGGCGCAAGGGAAGGAUCACCACGCGCUCCAUGGCCAAUGAGGCUGCCUCUGUGGCGGCCGAGGAGCCACUGCCACCCGAGCCUCUCUUGCCCUCCGAGCCCCCUCAGCCUUCCAAACCAGAGCCUACUAUCCAGAAGGCUGUGAGAGAGCCCACCAAAUCUGCACCGGGUGAGCCCCCCAUGGACCCUAACAGAGGAGCAGGAGGAGCUGCUGCUGCGAACGGCGAAACCGGAGAGACUUCUCGCUGGACCGAGGAGGAGAUGGAGGUUGCCAAAAAAGGGCUUGUCGAGCACGGGCGCAACUGGCCAGCCAUUGCCAAGAUGGUGGGCACCAAGAGCGAGGCUCAGUGCAAGAACUUCUACUUCAACUACAAGAGACGGCACAACCUGGACAACUUGCUCCAGCAGCACAAGCAGGACACACGGCGGGCACGGGGAGAUCGAGACCCGUCUCAGAGCGAGAGCAUGGCUUCAGCUGACGACGACCAAAACCCAGAGGAUAGUGAUGGUGGAGAUAACAGCUCAGACACAGAGAGCGCCCCGUCCCCGUCGGACCCCUCCAAGGCCGGAGGGGAUUCCCAGAGGGGAGACGGAGCUGGAGGGUCAGAGAACCAGUGGUCCAACAAGGUCCAGGCUAGCAAUGGGAGGAUCCAGGAGCCCUCCUACGGGGAACUGAGGGUCAAGUUGGAGAAGAGCCCAGAGGGAGAUGCCAGAGAGCCUGGCUCUCAGGAGGAUGGAGAGAGGGCCCGGGUGGCCUACGAGGGCCAUGGGCACCCCAAGAGUGAGCCCCAGGAUGUGGACAUGAAGCCUGGGGGGGCCGGGGAGGUGCAGGUGAAGGUGGAGCCUGACUCUGCCAAGGAGAAGGGGGAGCCAGAGAAGCAGAGGGAGGGGCACCACUCAGACAACGACUCCAGUGCCACCUGCAGCGCCGACGAAGAUGUAGACGCUGAGCCCGAGAGACAGAGGAUUUUUUCUAGUAUGGACAAGCCUUCGUUGCUCAGCCCUCCCGGCUCAGUGCUGAUGUCCACGGCCAAGCAGGCCCACCUCAACAUGCAGCAGCUCCAGCAGCGCGCCGCUACCAUCCCGCCCAUGGUCAGUCACUAUAGCAACCCACACUUUUCUAUGAUCAGAUAUGCCCAUUCGGCGAGGCAGGCACACGGAGGCAGGCAGCAGGGUGAAAGCAUGUCUUGUUUAGACCAACCUCCCUGUCAAGUGGUUCCUUUUGGUCCUGGUGGAAUUUCCAUAGGAGCCCCCCUCAGCGGUUUUGCCAUGUUCCAGCACCAGAUCACGGCUGUGCACGAGUCAGCCCACGCCGAGGAGAAACAGAGGCAGGACCAGGCUGACCCCGAGCGCAGCAGACAACCCACCAACUGCCCUGGCUUCACCAACCACAGCCCCACCAUAGUGGACAGGGAGGGUAAGCCCUUCCCCUACAUGCCUUAUGAUAUGAAGAUGGCUCUGGAGCAGGAGGCCCAGUCUGGUCGGCCAGGCUCUCCCUACGGGCUCUCUCCCAGGGACAUGAGCAAGGCCUCUCCUCAGCCCAAUGACCCCAACGCCUCCCGCUACAGCGUGCCUCCAGUGCUCCAGCCAGCUCCCAACCAGGUGGUCCAGAGCCUGCCUGAUGGAGUCCGUGUGACUUUCUCCAGACACAGCCGACCCGCCAACAUUCCAUCUCCUCCUCCAUUAAUUCCAACCUCCAAACCCACAGACAAGCCCUCCUUUAUCCAGGGUGGCUCCAUCUCCCAGGGGACUCCUGGUACGUACCUACCGUCUCAUGCUGUCUACGGUGGCCCAGAGGGGGCAAAGAGUUCUGUGGGCUCCAUAUCUCUGGGCCUGCCCAGGCAGCAGGACCCCACCAAGCCUGUGUCCUACAUUAAGCAGGAGCAGUGUUCUCCGCGUGGCCAGUCUGAGGGACUCCUCUCUCGCACGCAGUAUGAGGGGGUAGUCAGAGGAGGCCCAAUGGAUGGGGGUAUCAGCAGGGGAAACCCAGCCAGAGGAUCAAUCACACAGGGCACGCCAGCCCUGACCGGGUCCAGCAUUGCGGCUGACCUGCUGAAGGGCACCAUCACCAAGCUGCCCACGGAGGACCUGAGCAGCCCAGAGAAGGCUCGGGAACAGCUGGCCAAGGGACACGUCAUCUACGAAGGCAAGAGUGGACACAUCCUCUCCUACGACGCCAUUAAAAACCCAAGAGAGGCCACGCGUAGCCCCAGGACAGGCCAUGAGCUCAAACGCUCCUACGAUAUGAUGGAGGUCGCCAGAGGCCACCCCGGGAGAGAGGGAGCCCCCUUCGAAGGGUUGAUCAGCCGAGCCCUGCCCAGAGACAGUCCCCACGGGGAGUCUAAGGAGAGGCCUAUGAUGACUGGAUCCAUCAUGCAAGGUACACCCAGAACCUCUGCAGAGGCCUAUGAGGAGAGCAUGAAGUACGGCAAGCAGAUAAAGAGGGAGAGUCCACCCAUCCGCUCCUUUGAGGGCGGGAUAGGUAAGGGUAAGCCCUACGAGGGGGUGAACACCAUUAAGGAGAUGGGCCGCUCCAUCCACGAGAUCCCCCGCCAGGAGAAGCCUGGACAGGACCCCCGCAAGACCCCCGACAUGGCUGCCAACAUCCGAGCCUCCAUGGAGGGCUCUAUAUCCCAGGGCCAUCCUCUGAGCCAGUCGGCCAUCAAGCACAACGUCAAGUCCCUGAUCACCAGUCCCAGUAGGCUGCCCCAUGGUCACACCAUGCCACCGCUGGAGGCCAUGGAGCGGGCCAAGUAUGAGGAGAGCAAGGCGGCAGCGGAGCAGCGAGCUCGCCACACAUCUGUGGUCAACUCGGCAACCUCCGUCCUGCGUUCCACCCACCAGGAGCAAGGAAAGUCCCAGCUCAGCCCGGGCAUGUACCAAGAUGCUGACUCCCGCAGGACCCCGGUCAACUACAGCACUAGCUCCAUGUCCAGAGGCUCACCAAUGCUGGGCCGAGGACAGGAGGGCUCUGGGAAGCCUGCAUCCCAUGACCGGAAGAGUACCAUGACCCCCACUCAGAGGGACAGUGUUCCAGCCAAGUCUCCUGUGUCAGGGGGUGACCCCAACCACCCUAUGGCCUCCCACAGCCCCUUCGACCCACACCACCGCCCCAUGGCCCCCGGAGAGCCCAGGUUCCACCUACCUCCACACCUAGACCCUGCCCUCUUCCACAGGGCCGUCCUGGACCCAGCUGCGUACAUGUUCCCGAGGCAGCCGUCCCCAACGGGCUACCACAACACCUACCAGCUGUACACCAUGGAGAACACGAGGCAGACCAUCCUCAAUGAUUAUAUCACCUCCCAGCAGAUGCAGGUUAUCCCACGGCCCGAUGUCGCCAGGGGCCUGUCGCCACGGGAACAGCAACCGAUAGCUCUGUCUUACCCUCCCGGAGCGCGAGGGAUAAUUGAUCUAGCCCAGAUGCCUCCAACUAUCCUGUUGCCUCACCCUGGGGGAACAGGUACUCCCACUUUGGACCGCAUCACCUACAUCCCUGGAGCUCAACCCCCUUUCCCUCCUAGGCCUUUCAACCAAGCCUCCAUAUCUCCAGGCCACCAAGCCCACCUCGCAGCUACUGCAGCGGCCAACCAGGAGCGAGAACGAGAGAGGGAGCGUGAUCGGGAGCACCGAGAGAAAGAGAGAGAAAGGGAGCACAGGGAGCGGGAACAGGAGCAAAGACAACGAGAGCGCGAGCGAGCAGUGGCUGCAGCGGUUGCCAAUGACUACAUGCGUGGAGGUCCUGGGCAGCCAGACAGACCAGGUAGCCGUGGAUACCUGCGUAGCCCCUCCCCCUCUAUGAGGUCACAGGAAGCCCAGCAGCAGCGGCCCAGCAUCUUCCAGGGAGCCAACAGCAAGGGCGUCAUCACCCCUCUCAUGCCGGCAGCGGCAGCAGCCCAGGCAGGAGCCCGUUACAGCACUGCAGCCGACGCACUGGCUGCCCUGGUGGACGCCGCCGCCUCCGCCCCUCAAAUGGACGUCAACAAAGGCAAGGACUCUUCCAAGCAUGACCGAGACGACGACGACGACAUGUCUUUAUCAUCCUCGGUGGCCAGGCGGCAGCACGAGCAGCAACAGCAGGAGGCAGACAGGCGCUCCAUGCAGUCUCCCUACGGCCCAAUGUCUCUGCCAGGGGGGAAACUCCACCCAGGAUACGCUGAGGGGCCCAGUGGUCCCCAGGGGAGUAAGGACAAGGGUCCUCCCAGCAAGUCACGCAUCGAGGAAGAGCUGAGGACCAGGGGAAAGACCACCAUCACGGCCGCCAACUUCAUUGACGUCAUCAUUACAAGCCAGAUCGCCUCGGACAAGGACUCCCGGGAGAGAGGCUCCCAGGGCUCCGACUCCUCCAGCAGCUUGUCGUCCAGUAGGUAUGAGAUCCCCAGUGGAGGAGCCAUCGAUGUGAUCAGCCCAGCCAACUCUCCAGCACAGUCCCAGCAGCAGCAGGACGACAGGGACCGGGCCGACAGGGACCGGGCCGACAGGGACCGGGCCGACAGGGAGAGGGCCGACAGGGACCGAGCCGACAGGGACCGGGCCGCACAGGCAGCAGCACAAGCAGCUGGCAUGCGUCCCUUUGACAUGAUCCGCUACCGCCAGUCAGCAGAGUCACAGCAGCCCCCCUCCUCCCAGGCUGACGGAGGGUACUCCCAGUCCCAGCAGGUCCCCAAGACCCACCGGGUCAUGACCCUGGCUGACCACAUCUCGCAUAUCAUCACCCAGGACUUUGCCAGGAACCAGGACCCUCCUCAGUCCUCCACUACCAUCUCCUCCUCUGCCACCACCACAUUCCAGAGUGCCCAGCUACCCGUGUCUAUCGGGGGUCGUGCCAAGGUCCCCAGCCGCUACAGCCCAGAAAACCACCAGAGACCCACACCCAGCAGAGUGUCUCCCGAUAAUGCCCCUGACAAGCCCAGAGCCAGACCUGGUAAAUCCCCUGAUCGGGGUGGCAGGGGGGCGAUAGAGAGCUAUGAGCCCAUCUCCCCUCCCCAGAGCUACCAGGAUAAACAACAAGAGGCCAGAGAGCAGCAGCAACCACAGAGGCGAGAUGCUGACCAGCCUGAGAUGAGGGGUGACUCUCGCUCCCCUGGCAGUGUCAGCUACCUGCCCUCCUUCUUCACCAGGCUGGAGAACACCUCCCCUAUGGUGAAAUCCAAGAAGCAGGAGAUCAUUCGUAAGUUGAACUCCUCUGGUGUCAGUGAUUCUGAUGUUGGAAAUGCACAACCAGGCACAGAGAUCUUCAACUUGCCUGCUGUGACCAGCUCAAGUAGCGUGAACCCCAGGAACCACUCCUUUAGCGACCCGGCCAGUAACCUGGGCCUGGAGGACAUAAUUCGCAAGGCCCUGAUGGGGAACCUGGAAGAAAGGCCAGAGGAGCACCAGGGAGGGCCUCAGCCCAGCUCUAACACCCCCAGUAACGAGGCCCGCCAGGAGGCCAACCCUUCACCUAGCAUGGGCAAACAGAAACUGCAGAGCAAAGCCAACAGCCGAAAGUCAAAGUCGCCCAACCCAGGCCAGGCAUACACAGCAGCAGAGCGGCCCUCGUCAGUCUCUUCCGUCCACUCAGAGGGAGACUACCACCAGCAGCCCCCAGCCUGGUCCUGGGAGGACCGGCCCUCGUCCACAGGCUCCAUGCAAUUCCCCUAUAACCCCUUGACCAUGCGCAUGCUGAGCAGCACCCCCCCCACGUCCAUACAGGCCCAGCAGCCCCCACCUGGAGGCCCUCUGGGGCCCCAGCAGCAACAGCGUGUAUGGGAGCGAGAGCCCCUACUGUCGGAGCAGUAUGAGACCCUGUCAGACAGUGACGACUGAUCCCUGCCACAAGAAUCGUACCUGCCCCCCAUCCCACUCCAGAGGAAGGGCAGGCCUCUCAGUACAGGCCUGCAUGCCCCCCCCCAUAAAAAAAUAACUAUCCUCACUCACUGGUGCUGAUUGAGUGUGGGGAGAACAGGGGGGUGUGGCGGUAUCCCUUUUGGUUCAAGUGCGCCCUCUAGCUGCCAGCAGGAAGAAAGGCAGCGAGUGACUUCUGACGGGCUGGAAUCUUCAGGAUGGACUGACUGACUCCCUUUACGUCCAGAAGCUUUGAUAGACACAGCCUGCCAGGACGGAGAACGCCUGAGUGGAAGAUAUGAUGAAAGAUGAAGAACUUGUAUGUAAAAAGAUGAGAAAAAAACAACACUUUUUUGUGGUUGAUUUCUGUAAAGAAAUGCUUUUGUCUUUAAGAAAAAUCAUUGUAUGUAAAUAGAGUAACCUUUUGCAGUGGGUUUUUUUCUGAACUUUUAGUGAUGCUUUUAAAUGGAUCCACUUUGUUUUUGAAUGAAUGGGGGUGGUUGAUCUUGAAUAUCAGUCAGUCUCUCCCUGUCCAUCUCGUACCCCCUACCUAUCUAGCACCACAGUGAAGCUGAGAGACAGAACCUGUGGGUUGUACUUGAUAAUGAGGGGAGAACUGUAGGAGAAGCCCUGACCACCAAGCACCACCAAAGCCUGUUGUGGACAUAAGUGAAUGAAACAAACACAUGUUAACAUUUCAAUUGCGGCUUUGUAAUUUGAUGCCUGUCUUUGCAAUACUGGAGAAAGAUGAUGCAUGGAUGUAACAAUAUUCCCCCUGAUCUAGAACUUAAAGAAAGCUUUUGUCAGUCAGUCACCACACCCUUGAGACAAAACUCAUAUAUUUGGUACAAGUUGAGAACACUGGUGUAGGAGCAAGCAGAAAGGUGAAAGAAGACUAAUUAAUAAGCUUGAUGUUGUCCCAAGUUGUUUCUUCUCCUCAUGACUACUUCUGGGCCCCCAUGUUGAUCUGAACUCUGUCAUUGAGCCAAUAGUUUUUGGAUUAAGCUGACCACCACUACGGUGGGUGUAUUGUAUGGCACACAGUCUGACCCGUAGCUAUCCCUCUAGGGUUUCCAACAAGUGCAGAAUGUUCUACUUACAGUACUCUGCAACCCAUGUUGUCAUGGUAACUAAAGUACAUCGGGAACCUUUUCUAGAGGUUCGCCCAUGCCUUGUGGCUGGAGAAAAAUAAGGCAGCUUUAAACACAUUUUCUCAGAGAUAUAAGUUGGUGUUUGUUAAUGUUUUUGUUUUGUAUCCUUAGUCCUUUUUUUUGUAUACUGUCCAGACAGAAAACCGAUUUGUGCGAUUUGUCUUAUGUUUUAGACAACAAAAGACAAAUAACCAAACAUAAAUGGUCUGCACCAUUGUUGCACUUUUUGCUUUGUAACCUUUGACGACAAAAGCAUACUUUCUACCUGUUGUAUAACUUAUUCACGCUCCUGCAGAGGAUUGUACUGAGAUGUGCUUUGACUUUGCCCAUCACUCAUGGAAACCUGGAUGUUUAUGACCGAGUUCCUGUCUUCUCUUGUAGCUGGUACAUGGUUUUGUAGUGUGACAUGCAUUGCAGUUUUACUUUUGUUUGGGGUACAGUCAAGAUGUUAAGGAAGAGUUGCUUUUUUGCUGUCAUGGUGACUAUUCAAAUCCAUGGCCUCUUAAUCUAUUCUCAAUAUUCUAGAUUAAUAUCAGCCGUUUUUUUGUCAACAGACAUGUAGCUUCUUUAAAUUUUGAAUUUUGACACGGUCAACUUUGAUAUUGACAGUAAUGUUCCAUUUUGGUUCUCUCAGCUUUUGCUUUGCUUAAAUAACAAUCCCAAUCUGCUCUAAACUAGAUUUCUUUUCCCCAAAAAAUAUUUUGAUUUGUUUGAAGUCCUAGAGCUCAGAUUUUUGCUAUCAUUUUCAACAUCAGUUAUUCAACAUCCUAUUUUUGAUGGGAUGUCAAGUGUUUACAACGGCAAUGACAAAAAGUUUACAAAACUUGAAUCAUAAAGAAAAUCUAAAUGAAGACAGAAAAUAAUUAGUGCUUGAGUCCAAAAUGGCAACCUAUUCCCUAUAUAGUGUACUACUUUUUUGAGUGAUAUCCAAUCUGUCAAACAUCCAGUGCAAUUUUUUUUUGCCCGUUUAAAAUUUGACACUUAAACCCAUGUAGCCCAUGAUGUUGAAAUGCAAUGUUUGUAUCGCACAAUGUCUCUUAAUAGUCUAUUACAAGAGUUCAGACCAAUCAAUAAAGUGGAUCAGUUCUCCACCUCAAACGUU